AGUCUGUGUGGGCUUGUGGAUGGAGCUGGUCUCUGCUCUGGGAGAGUGGAGGUGAAGUCCAGUCAGUCCUGGGCCUCAGUGUGUGAAGUUGACUUUGACCGGCAGGAUGCAGAGGUAGUCUGUAGGGAUAUUGGCUGUGGGGCUCCUGCAGCUCUACAGGGGGGCUCUAUGGAGAAGGUGAGGGUCAGACCUGGGAUAAAGAGUUCCAGUGUAAAGGCAAAGAGUCCCUUCUCCCUGGACUGUGACACCUCAGACAGAAAACACAACACCUGCCUACCUGGUAAUGCUGUUGGACUCACCUGCUCAGAGCCUGAUAAUGUGAGGCUGGUGGGAGGAGGCAGUCGCUGUGCUGGUGGAGUGGAGUGGUACGACCAGGGAGAGUGGAGGACUGUGGGAACUCUCUCUGACGUGAAGGCUAUGGCUGCAGUAGUGUGUAGACAGUUGGGUUGUGGCUCCACUCUUUCAGUACUACCUGGAGACACCACUAGAAGGUUUGGAGUUUCCUGUUCUGGGUCUGAGUCUUCACUAAGGGAGUGUUUGACAAGUUAUGAUCUCCUUCCUGGACUCACAGUGAUCUGCUCAGAUCUCCUGGUCCAGCCUGAUAUCUCCCUGACUGACUCAUUGGGAGGGGUCUCCAGGGACCACAACUUCACCAUCACCUGCUCCACUCAGCCACAGUACCCAGGAGGCUCCUUCCUCCUCACGUUCACCGGCUCCAACAUACAGCAGAUCCAGCCAGCUGUCAAUCACUCUGCUGCCUUCCACUUCCCUGCUGCAGAUGACUCCCACCAAGGGAACUACAGCUGUGUUUAUGACAAUUAUGUUUUCUCAUAA